AAUAUCUCAUGCGUGCGAAUCGCUCAAUUCAUUGAAACAGAAGCAGAUCAAAUCAGGCAAUACGGUGGUCCAAGCAAUUCAUCCCUUAAGCAACUCGGCGUGUCGUGUUAGGUGCGCUGGCUGUCACGAGAAGGUACGUACGGGGUGAGGUGGGUGAUGUGGUCGGCAGCGGCAGGCACGCGACAACGCGGUGGUGGUGUGGGUCUAGACACACACACACACACACACACACACACACACACACAGGGAGCAAGCUCGUGCUUUUUCGUGGGCCUGCUCGUUCCCAUUUGCCUUUCAUGUCUCGUUACGUCGUUGCCCUCCAUCUCUUCCUCUACACCCUCACCCUCUCAAAGCUCUGCUGCGCCCGAGAAACAUGGCGCCGACCCACCACCUCCACCAUCCCCCCAACUUCAACAUCCGCCACAUCCCUCCGAAAAAGCGUCAGCCAGCUGGACAUAUCAUCUUCAUCCAACACAGACAUGUCGUCGUCUGGAGUCAGAACCCCCCAGGAGAUCAUCAAUACGUUUUGCAAGAAGCUCGAGGCGGCCAUUGCAAGCAAAAACACCAUCCUGCCCUCCCUUGAAGAGUACGAGGCUCUACUCACGUCCGAACCGUAUUUCUACAACGUGUGCGAUGCCAGAAGGGCCAUUCCUCUCGAGAUUACGAAGCACGCCGUGCAACUCCUGCCGCCGACCGGUCCUUUCUCCGUCACCUCUCGAAACACCGCCAGUCUGCUCCGCAAGGUCGCAAAGAAUUGGGGCCUCAGUCCCAAGCAUAUCCUCUUCGCCGUCGCCUUCGACCUUGUUGGCCAAGGCGAGACCUUUUUCCGCUCGCUGCGGGACCUUUCUGCAAUCAGCCCCGACUGGUCCUCUUCCAUCACUCUCCUUUGCCGUCUCGCGAAUCAACGCCGAACCGAAGCCCGUCAGAGUAGGCGACCCGGCGUCCACACCUCUGGGUCCGGCAUCUCCUGCCAGGACAUCAAACUCGCUAUUGCCUUCUUGCGCCCCCAGACGACGCCUCAAUCCCCGCCUACAAACGGGUCUAGGUCCCGCGAGGUUUCCAUCCCGCCGAGAAUCAGCCUCCCCGACCCUGCAAUUCCUUCCGACCCUCUCGACGUUCCCGAGGCUGGCAAUACUCCCAAGCCCAAGAGGUAUAUAGAGCCUGCAAGCCCUUCUGACUUUGUCGACAUUGUUGAGCCUGUCGACGCCCCCGAUCUCAAGUCUAUCGGGCCUGCGAGUUCCCCCCAUAAGCCUGCAAGUCCUUUCGAGUGUGGCAGUACUCCGGCACCCAAUAGUCCCUUCGGGUCUGGCAUUCCCGACACCGAUAGCAACUCGAACCGACACUUACCCCUAGACAACACCAUCCUCUCCGAGCCCGAGGACCCUACCCAGCCCAACAACCCCCGAAAGCCCAGCAGUCCUUCCGCAUCGCGAAGCCUUUCUCCCGAGGCCGGCAGGGCAGACGCCUCACCAUCCGGUCCAGACCUCUUGGAACCCCUCGAUCCCGGCAACACAAGUUAUUACGACAACGCUGACACGGGGAGUGAUAUACCAAUGGACUUGGAGGAUCCGUACCUACCCCAGGACGACGACAGUGUUGUCCUACCCCUGAACCCUUCACCUCCGCCCACCUCUGCCGGCAUCUCACAGUGCAGCAACCAAGCCCAGCCGGCUAGCCAGCGUCGUCUCAGUCAGAACGUGACGCUUUACAGACCCAGCAAGAGACCAAUGCAAGCCCACACAUCCGAGAAGCUCACAUCGGCCAUGGCAAAAAGGUCUCGUCUUGGGCCAGAGGCUGAUAUUCUCGACGAAGGCCGAAUGAUCGAGGGCAGAUGGCUCAAUGAUACGUUGGGCAGGGUCUGCACGUGUACGGGCGCAUACCUGGUCGAUUCUCUAGAAUCUGCAAGCAUGGUCUCCAGCGACUACGUGGCCAAGUCGGCCAUCCGCCAGGCCAUAGGUAGCAAAACUCCCAUUCUGUUACCUAUAUUUGCCCGAAACCACUGGGCUCUUGUCGUGAUCGAGCGCGGCCGUAUUGCUAUGCAGGACCCAAAGCUGUCUUCUGUCUUGCUCUACGACUCAUUGCCCUCUGUUGGCAUCCGGGCCGACGCAUCAGCUCAGGCUGCGGCCUUUGUCAGGCACUACCUCCCUGGCACCCCAGACUAUCUAUACAGCAACCCUAUUCCAAUGUUUAGUCCUGAACAGACAAACGGCAUCGACUGUGGUGUCUUUGUGUUUGCCUUCGGGAUGCAUGCCGUCGCCAGAUGGCCACUCAGGGCCCAGCUGGAUCCGAGGCUGUGGCGACGGAUCAUGGCAGCUCUAGCCUUUGUGGAUGUGGCCACUUGGCAAACCAUUGUCCCUGAGCAAUCCAAAGGGCCACAGCCACCGCCACCUCUGACGCUAUCUACGCGUGGCAAUGAGGCUGGCACCGAAGCCGACAACCCACUUCAGAUACUCAAGGCGGCAACCCAGGCAGUCAAUGACUGGCACAGGGCACUCAAGGUCGAGGUCCAGGAUUACUACAACAGGGAGUCAGCAAAGCUGCAGGAGGUACUCUAGGAUGUUAGCACUGCCGCUGGCGUCCUUCUGUCUGUGUCUGAACAGACGGCCCACUACAUGCGCCAGACGAACCGCGACCGCCUCGACGCAGAAUCGCCCGAGUUACCCAGGAGGAACACCAGCGCACGUGAGGAACGGG